GAGAAGCACGAUGGCUGAAUUCAGAUGGAUUCAAAUGCUUUCAUUCCUGAUCCUGAUGCUUCAGUUUAACACAGCAGCAACUCAACAAACCUACACAUUACUUGUCAGAUUCAGUGAUGAAGUGACUUUACCUUGUGGUCAGUCUGACUGUGGCAGGACUGAGUGGCUCUUCAGAGGUGUAACAUCCGCUGACAAAGUCCAGCUGAAUAAUCGUGGGACGAUUGUUGAAAAAGACAAAAGUAAAUCAGACAGACUGACAGUUACAGCAGACUGUUCUCUGCUUAUAAAGACCAUCACAGUUGGUGAUGCUGGUUGUUACACCGCCACAAACUGCUCAUCACAACACAACCAACAACAACAAUAUGCAGACUUUCAUGUUCAUCUGUCUGUCAUCAGCAUGACUGAACAUGAGAACAAUGGUGAAGUCACCUUGUUCUGCUCUGUGUUGGGCUUUCGUAAAUGUGCAUACACAGUGCAGUGGAUCUAUGAGGGUGAAGACAAACCCUCAGACAUGAAGAUAUCAGCACGAUACUGCACUGCCUCUGUGACAUUUACAAUAUCUGACCUCAAUCAGAAGUCAAAGUUUUAUGAGUUAUUAAAGUGUAAUGUGAUGAAUAAGGACACUAAGACAGUGCAGCUGUUUCCUUUCAGCCGUCAGUGCUCAGAUGGAACGACAGGUGAGACUGCACCAACAAAUGAAGUGAACAAAACACAGAUGGAAAAAAGAAGCGUGCACAAAGAUGAAGAUGAAGGUACAGUGACCUAUGAAAACUCUGCAGACCCUUCUGCUUCUGUCAGACUCCACUGA